GAAAAACUUCUCCUCUGUGGUCAAUAACUCUUCUCCUUUCUCUCUUCUUCUGCUUUUUUUCUCAAUAUCAGGUUGCACUUGGCGCGAAAAGUUCUUCUCUUUUCGGACAGCUUUUCUUUCAGUUCCGUUUUCAGACAGCUUUCUGUUUCGUUACAAAUAAAGAUGCCAGUGGCAUUAGUUUUGCUGCUGGCAUUGAGCUGUCUGAUUCAGAGUCACGGCGCCGGAAACGUAUGCGAUCUUGGUCGGAGACCCAACACGAGACCACACAGUGUCUCGAUUCUGGAGUUUGGUGCUGUGGGAGAUGGGAAAACGUUGAACACAAUUGCGUUUCAGAACGCUGUCUUCUAUCUAAAGUCUUUUGCUGAUAAAGGUGGUGCUCAGCUUUAUGUUCCUCCUGGACGGUGGCUCACCGGAAGUUUCAAUCUCACCAGUCAUCUCACUCUCUUUCUUGAAAAAGACGCCGUCAUUCUCGCCUCCCAGGAUCCAUUGCAUUGGCAAGUUGUGGAUCCGUUACCAUCAUAUGGACGAGGCAUUGAUCUACCUGGGAGGAGAUACAUGAGUUUAAUAAACGGCUAUAUGCUGCAUGAUGUAGUAGUGACAGGUGAUAACGGUACUAUAGAUGGGCAAGGCCUGCUUUGGUGGGAUCGGUUUAAUUCUCAUUCUUUGAAGCACAGUAGACCGCAUCUCGUCGAGUUUGUCUCUUCUGAAAAUGUCAUUGUCUCAAAUCUUACGUUCUUGAAUGCUCCUGCUUAUACUAUCCACUCGGUUUAUUGUAGCCAUGUGUACAUAAAUAAAGUAACAGCUACUACUUCUCCAGAAUCUCCUUAUACCAUCGGCAUUGUCCCCGAUUCUUCUGAUAAUGUGUGCAUCCAAGAUUCUAGCAUCAACAUGGGCUAUGAUGCCAUCUCCCUAAAAAGUGGUUGGGACGAAUACGGUAUAUCCUAUGCAAGACCUACUGCAAAUGUCCAGAUACAAAACGUUUACCUCCAAGCAGCUUCUGGUUCCUCCAUUUCCUUUGGAAGUGAAAUGUCUGGUGGCAUAUCUGACGUCAUGGUCCGAGAUGCUCACAUACGCAACUCGGUAUCCGGAGUUGCCUUUAGAACAACAAAAGGAAGAGGAGGUUACAUGAAAGAGAUUGAUGUUUCAAACAUCAACAUGGUCAACGUUGGUACUGCGUUUCUAGCAAAUGGUAGCUUUGGAACUCACCCGGACUCUGGUUUCGAUGCAAAUGCUUACCCGCUAGUGAGUCACAUCAUGUUACAUGACAUUGUUGGAGAGAACAUAAGUAUAGCAGGAGAGUUUUUUGGAACUAAAGAGUCUCCUUUCACCUCGGUUUUGCUAUCGAAUAUCUCUCUGUCAAUGAGCUCGGAUUCUCCUGAUGAUGAUGAUUCUUGGCGAUGCUCGUAUGUGGAGGGUUCUUCAGAAUCAGUGGUUCCUGAACCGUGCUUUGAGCUGAAGAGUUUUGAAAGUUCAUACGGCAGAGCUGUGGCCUUAUGAGAACCAAAACUCAUGUCUCCAUGAUUCAUAUUUGUUUUGUUGAAGUUAGCAGAAAGGUCAGAUUCUUUUUUCCUAAAAUAAACCCCAUUGUUGAUGUUAUUUGCAGAUUGUGAGAUUCAUAUAUCUUGUACAGGUUCAUUUGUUCAUUCAUAUGUAACCGAAAAAAAGUUUUGUUCAGCGGAUAUUCUUCAUAUGGCUUAAAAAAAUAUUUCAGUCA